UCACAUGCUGUACAACACAGAGUCAACAGGCUGUACGCGGCACAGACCAACAUCACUACGAGUGGAUAACAAAAACAAAGCAGUGGCUCGACACAGUGUGAACACACUGACAACUUUUGUUCCACAGGAAAAGCCUUUUUAGAGACAUACUUUUUAUUAUUGUCUACAGAUUUUUACCGGCUUGGGAUGUGACUUUCACUGUAGACUUUGCGCCCAGGAGGAGCACUAUUUUCCCGGACAGAUUUAUCUUGUGUUCGCUCAUAUUUCAAAGGCGAAGUUGAGACUUUUGAGGGGCGACAGGUUCGUCACAUUUACAUGACAUUGUAACACUUGGCUCCGUCACCUCUCGACCAUGGCGGAAGCGGCCCAGCAGCCACACCUGGUGGAAAUCGACCCGGAUUUUGAGCCCCUGUCGCGGCCCCGGUCGUGCACUUGGCCUUUGCCCCGGCCGGAGUUCAUCAACCCGGGCGACUCCAACACGUCCUCGCCGGUGCCGUCUGUGAAGCAGGAGCCCACCGGCAACGAGUUCAUCAACAACCUCAGCCUGCUGGAGGAGACCGAGGACUUCACGGAGCAGAAGCCUGCCAUCCUGUGCACCGAUUUCCAGUGCCAGGAGAACUGCGUCCACCAGCAAGCUCCACAGCAGCAGCAGCAGCAGCAGCAACAUCAGCAUCAACAUCAGCAGCAUCAGCAGCAGCACCCGAACCCGCAACUCCCGCAUCAACAGCAGCAGCAGCAGCAGCAGCAGGUGCCUCUGCUCUCCUCCCCUGUCGGCUCGUCGUCCUCGGCGGCCGCGGCCGCAGCUGCCGCCGCUGCCCAGAGAAAGAGCAGCUCCUCCCGGCGAAACGCAUGGGGGAAUAUGUCAUAUGCAGACCUCAUAACCAAAGCUAUCGAAAGUUCUCCGGAGAACCGACUAACUUUGUCUCAGAUUUAUGACUGGAUGGUGAAGAGUGUGCCUUAUUUCAAGGACAAAGGAGACAGCAACAGCUCUGCAGGCUGGAAGAACUCCAUUAGACACAACCUGUCGCUGCACAGCCGCUUUAUCCGCGUCCAGAAUGAGGGGACAGGAAAGAGCUCAUGGUGGAUGCUAAACCCGGAGGGCGGGAAGAGCGGCAAGUCCCCGCGACGCAGGGCGGCCUCCAUGGACAACAACAGCAAGUUCACUAAGAGCAGAGGAAGAGCAGCAAAGAAAAAGCUGUCCCUGCAGGGCGGCCCUGACGGAGGCGCAGACAGCCCAGGCUCCUACUCCAAGUGGCCUGGCAGCCCCAACUCCCACAGCAACGACGACUUUGAUGCGUGGAACAGCUUCAGGCCUCGGACCAGCUCCAACGCUAGCACUCUGAGCGGCCGCCUCUCACCCUUCAUGCCUGAGGAUGACCUCGGGGAGGCAGACGUGCAUAUGGGCUACCCAGGAGCCCCUGGGGCCAAGAUGACAGCCACGCUGCCCAGUCUGACAGAGAUGACAGGCUCUCUGGUACACAGUUCUGAGAAUGUCAUGGAGAACCUUCUGGACAAUCUGAACUUGCUCUCGCCCAACAACUCUCAGGUUGGUGGGGGAGCAACCACCCCUGGCUCGUCCCAGUCCUCCCCCUCUCCUAUGAUGCAGCCAAGCCCUGGUUACCCUGCUUACAGCUCCCCCAGCAUGGCCCAGAAUCCUCAGCAGGAGUACCGCAAGUGUGUGUAUGGCCAAGCAGGAAUGAACAGCCUAUCGUCCAUGCCGCUGCAGACACUGCCAGAGAGCAAGCCCAGUUUCGGGCCCAGUAUGGGCCAGUACAGCUGCCCUGCGGGGCUUCUGAAGGAGCUGCUGACGUCAGAUACAGACCAGCACGGAGAGCUCAUGCCAUCAGUGGACACUGUAGUGUCUCAGUCCAGCGGAGGCUGCAUGCUGCCACCGUACAGCAGCAGCCAGCAUGCAGCCAAACUCAUGGGAGGAGGGAACGGUCACCCACAUGGUCUCUCUCACACUCACCCCCACAAUGUGCACAGCCAAGCCCCGACAACGUCACCAGCUAUGAAUGGCCGCUUGCUCAUGUCCCUGAGCCACAGUGGGGGCACCACGCGUUUGCCUACAGCCAAAAGCCCUAUGCAGAUGCCUUAUGGCCUCUCCAGCCACCUCAGUGCAGGAGGCAUGCCUGGAGGCUUCUGCCCUCUUAACACCAAUGGAUACGGCCGACCAGGCCUGCCACAGCCCUUACACCCAGAGAAGCUGCCCAGCGACCUUGAUGACAUGUCCAUUGAGAAGUUUGAGUUUGACAUGGAGACGGUCCUCCAUGACACUCUGAUGGAUGGAGACUCUUUGGACUUCAACUUUGAGCCAAUGGUGACCCAGCAAGGUUUCCCCCACGGAGUGAAGACCACCACACACAGCUGGGUAUCAGGGUAGAAACUGUAGUGCUGUUGCUGUUUGGUAAAAGGCACAAUCAGAACUCAUUUGAGACAAAAAGUGUAUCUUAGGAUGUUUAAUCCUCAACCCAACUUCACUUGCAGUUUCUGCACCAUCAACAUUUCUGUUUCAAAAAUACUUUCGAAUCACUUCAGCAGACUGAGACUGGCCGUGAACAGCUAAGGACACAUCUCUAUUAGAGCCCCUGAACUGGUGAAGAUGAUAUCAGAAUUAUUUUUGAAAUAUUAAAAAUCCUGUACAAACUUAAGUGCCAAACAUUUUGCCUUAACGUAAGAGCCAAACUGAAACACACCUCUCUGGUUUACUCACCAAGGUUACAGAUACUAUACAGUUGUGUCUGCGAUUUUUGCAAGUGACACUGCCAGCUACAUCUCAUCAGCAGCAGCACAAUCUGUAGAAGUUCACAAACUCAUACCAUGAUGUUUACUGUGUUUCCACAAUCAAACCUUUUGUAUGUACAGUGUAGUGAUAAUUGAUUACCACUGCAAAAGAAUUAUGAAGGUAAUCUGGCUCAUGGGUUUGUGGACUGACUUGAUGUUAAGUGAGAGACUUCUCAAGGGAUCCUCGGAUGAUGUUACAUAGUAACUCACUUUGUUAUUGCCUGAAUGUACAUAAUGUCGUCAUACAGUUUGUAAAAUUGGGCCUCUUGGUGUAUUUUCUAAGACUGUAAAUAAUGUUUACAGAGUGGAAGUCAAGGCAGCAGAAAUGAGCUUACGUUUAAAACUGGAUCGGAUUCUUUUAAAAGCAUGUCGAGUGGACAGAUCUAUGCUUGAGAAUUUGUCUCAAUCAGGCUGUACAAUGGUAACACACUUAAUGAUUUCUUGUACAUACCUUAAGAAUGUAUAUUAAAAUGAUGUGGUAGAUGUUUACUAGAUUUAGUAUAUAUUUGAGACCUAAAUUAUUUGUGGUUAAUAUAGAUUUAUGCUGGUGCAUAACCUGCACUCAGACAUGAGAAUUGUUCUGAGUCAUUCGUCACUCUGAACCUUAAUACCACAGGGGCCUAUUUAUUGUGCCUAACAAAGUAGAUAUCGACUGCAGGCUUGAAGGGUUUUAUAUUGUAAAUGUCUACGGUCCAGAAGAUACUCAAAUCCAGCGGUCUUGAAGAAAAGUACAGUGAAUUCUUUACUUUCAGUUCCCUGCUUUCACUUUUUUGUGACUGUAGAUUGUUAUUGUUAGGGUUCCCUGAACGCUUCGCAGCUCUGUGAAUGUUACGAGGUCAAAGGAUGUUAGUGGAUAAAAGAUAUUCUCAGUGCUUCUGUUGUUUUCACACCAAGGCUGAGUCCGAGACCUGCCAGAGAUUGUCAUUAAAGACACUGUGAGUAACGGGCCUGUCCCCUGUUCAGUUUCAGAACGUUUUAUAUUUUAUUCUUUGUCUCAGAAGGUUAGUGUGACUGAUUUAAAUUAGUACAGUAUGAUUCCUUUUUGUCCUGAGGAGCCCUCUGAUGCUGUCAGAAGGAUCAGCUUUACUGCUUUUAAUGAGACUCCACUUUCACUCUGCCCCUCCUACCUCUACAUAUCUCGAUGUCUUUUUUUACAUUUGACAUAAAGUUAACAUGUGACUUGAUAGCUCAAAUCAUCUUCUUAACAACAAGUCUAAUUACUUUUUGCCCCUGAAAAGCGCCACUAAGUGUUAAGUAUCUUAUUUAGCAUGUAUAUUUGCAUUUUCUGACUUGCUUUUCCCACUUACCGCUGUACUAACAAUGAGCUUGUCAGCCUGUCAGUGACUUAUUAUGCAGAGUCACAAAUAGUGUACAGGAUUGUGGCUACCUUUGUGAAGAUGGUGUCUGUAAACAUGACUGCUUCUCAUGAAGUCGACUUGUUCGGUGGCUGAUAGACCAGGUGGUUUAGAGAUAACAAACUCAAAAUGAUAACUGCCUAUUCCACAUUGAUGUGUAUUGCAUGAUUUAUCCAGAAACCACAUAUAUGAGUACGUGUCUGAUCAUGUGUUGUCACAGGCUCUGAGUAUGCAGCUUUUUAUUUAAAUCAUACUGCUAAUGAGUUCACCUCCAACCAGAGGGGAAAGCUCUUUAAUUAGUUUGGUGUUUGGUUGAAAUUAAAAUCUGCAUUCUCCAGCACAGCAAUGGCACAUGAUCUGACACUGCUGACAGAGAUUUUUAAGAAAGCCAGGGAGCAUUUAAUAAAAUUCUUAACAUUUCAAAAGGCCGUUAAAAAAGCUGCUGUUUGGCUUUGGUGCCAGGUGUUGCCUUUUCUUACCCAAACUUGCCAUAGUGUACUAUAGCCAAAUUUGCCUUUGAAGUCAAAAUGAUAUAUUUAGCAUUUUUAUCAUGUGAUAUGUUCAGAAUUAUAUAUAUUUGUGCCGGUCACUCAAGUCAGGAUAAACUGUAAUGAAUCCAUGUAGUCAGUGUCACAGGAUUCACUCUAAAAAAAAAAGAGCUGUACUAAGUAAAUUAUAUCUCUACAUUUUUAAAUGAUUGAAUCUAUGCAUUGUAUUCCUUAAUUUUAUGUUGCUAUUGUUAUAUUUUCUUUUCCUUUGAACUUACGACAGAGAUAUUUUAUUGUAACAUAGCGCUGUGAGAUAUUAUGGUGUUGUUGUUGUCAAAACUCUAUGUUCCAGAUAGUUAUAUGGGAAAAAAAAUGAAGUUUAUUUAGAAAAUAGAUGAUGCAGUGAUUAAUAUGCUAAGCUUUUGUAAACUGACAAUGUUGUAUUUCUUGUAUUUAGCUACAGUUUUUAGAAAAUAGCAUCAAAAAGCAAAUUACUGAAAAAAAAAGUAAGGAUAUAUUGCAUUUUUAAAAUGGAAAACACAAUAUUUAGUCUGUCAGAGAAGUCCUCCUCAGAAUGCAAAUUCUGGACCAAUUUUUGUAAUUUUAGUAGAUUUUAGUAGAAAGAUAUUGCACUUUUACUUACGUUUUAUAACAAAGUGCUCCUCGUAACAAGAGGAAGAGUUCCCAUUACAUAUUUGAAAAUAAAAAAUCUGUUACAUUGAACUUAUAUACCGGAAUAAAUUGGAAUUGUGCUGUGUGAUUUGCAAUCAAUAAGAAUAUGUAACUUGUUCAAUAUUAAUGUAUUAAGACCUGAAUAAAUGUACUUCUGUG